GUAAGGGCGUAAACGAAAGUGAGGCAUUAAGUCGUAGAGGGAUCUCGGUAUUGAUUGACGUUAGUCCACACCCUUGACGGCCAUUUUGUGAACCGGUUGGUUGCAGAAUAACUCUUGAGUAUUGGAAAGUUUGUACGGUUUUGCUCGAUAACAGCAGUCCUUCAGUUGCCUACACCAGCUGGUACUUUUUGAUUUUUCUUUCCAGUGCUGGUGAUAGAAUCAUCAAGAUGCCGAAGCCAGUGAAUGUUCGUGUCGUGACUAUGGAUGCAGAAUUGGAGUUUGCAAUCCAGCCUAGCACGACAGGCAAACAGUUGUUUGAUCAGGUAGUGAAGACUAUAGGAUUGCGUGAGAUUUGGUUUUUCGGUCUCCAGUAUGUCGACAGCAAGGGAUAUUCCACAUGGUUAAAACUCAAUAAAAAGGUUCUAAGUCAGGAUGUGAAAAAGGAAACCCCAUUACAGUUCAAGUUCCGAGCCAAAUUUUUCCCAGAAGAUGUUUCUGAAGAACUUAUUCAGGAGAUCACCCAGAGAAUGUUUUUUCUGCAAGUGAAGGAAGGCAUUUUGAAUGAUGAAAUCUACUGCCCUCCAGAAACGGCUGUUCUUUUAGCGUCCUAUGCAUGCCAAGCAAAAUACAUGGACUACAACGCUGAAAGCCACCAGCCAGGCUUCCUAUCGAAUGAUAGAAUUUUACCACAGAGGGUUUAUGAACAGCACAAGUUGACCAAGGAACAGUGGGAAGAGCGAGUGAUCAGUUGGUAUGCAGAACAUAAAGGUUUGAUGAGGGAAGACGCUAUGAUGGAGUACCUGAAGAUUGCCCAGGAUUUGGAAAUGUAUGGCGUCAACUAUUAUGACAUUAAAAACAAGAGAGGAACAGAACUUCUGCUUGGGGUUGAUGCACUAGGCUUAAAUGUCUAUGAGAAGGAUGACAGGUUGACACCAAAAAUAGGCUUUCCAUGGAGUGAAAUCAGAAAUAUAUCCUUUAAUGACAAAAAGUUUGUCAUUAAGCCAAUUGAUAAAAAAGCACCAGAUUUUGUCUUUUAUGCUCAACGGUUGCGGAUAAAUAAACGUAUUCUUGCAUUGUGUAUGGGCAACCAUGAACUUUACAUGCGUAGAAGAAAACCAGACACGAUAGAAGUGCAACAGAUGAAAGCACAAGCAAGGGAAGAAAAACAGGCUAAACAAGCAGAAAGACGCCAGCUGGAACUGGCUCGAAGAGAACGAGCAGAGUUUGAGCGCCAGCAGAAAGAGCUUCAAGAUAAAAUUCGUAUGAUGGAAGAAGAUAAACAGAAAAUGCAAGAGGAGGAUGAAAAGCGAGCCAAAGCUCUGGAGGAGCUAGAGAGGAGGAACCGUGAGCAGGAAGCUCGUCUGGAAGAGAUCAACAGGCUACAUGCUGAACUGGAGGAGCAGAGACGCCAGACAGAGAACCUGCAUCGCCAGAUGAACGAGGCUCACCAGAUGGAGGAGGAAGAGAAAGAGAGACUGGCCCAGGAACUUGCUGCAGCCCAGCUGGUUUUACAAGAGAGAGAAAAUGCUUUGGAAGAAAAGGAAGAAGUUGUGCGAACAUUGCAGAGCGAUUUGUCGACUACCCGACAACGAGAGGUUGACAAGGAGGCCGAACUGCAGCAGGAGCGACAGUAUUUCUUGGAAAAAGAACAGGAAAUGUUAAAGCAGCGAGAAAGUGAAAUGCAGGAAUUUCAGACAAGACAGGGUGACCUCAUGGAACAGAUGGACAAUGAUGAAAGUAGAGAAUAUGCAGGUGGCGACCUCCAGGUGUAUGAAAAUGCACCCCGUCCAGAGGAGCAAAGAAUCACACAUCAAGAUAAAGAUAAAGCACUAAAACAACAGCUGCAGACUUUGAGUCAAGAAUUGAAAGACGCUGAGCUUACUGAGAAAAAGACCAAAAAUGACAUUCUACAUGAGGGUAAUGUGAAACAAGGUCGUGACAAAUACAAGACAUUAAAACAAAUUAGGCAAGGAAAUACAAAAAGAAGAGUGGAUGAAUUCGAGUGCCUGUGAAUAAACCGUUCAGCCUUAUUCCUGAUCAACUGUUAAAAUGAAUGGGGUGGUAUAUGCAGAUCAUCUGACUGGUGCAGCACAUAACCCAUGUUCUUCCGGCUGGCUAUCUGAAGUGCUUUCGAGAGGCAGUUCAUGGCGUUAUUUUUGACCAGUCAUCACUACUGUUAUGUAAUCCAUGUUAAUAAACUAACAAAACAAAACAUUUGCAUGUCCAUCUUUCAUGAUGGGGAAACGUUUAAAAACAAAAAAAGAAGAAAAAGACUGAUCUUCAACAUAUUUUAUUGAGCAAAUCAUCUGAUUGAAAACAAUGCUGGGUAUUUUAUGUAAUUUGAAAGAGCAAUCAAAAUUACAAAUUAUUUUGCAUAGGAGACUGGGUUACGCAGGUUUUGUAAUAUGGAACUUUUCAUUUCAUAAUGUAUUCUGACACCAUUUUUGUACCGUGACUCAAUAUUUUGUAACCAGAUUGUACAGAUUAUUAUUGCGUUCUACAGAUCUAUAUUAUUUUUAUGCUUGUUUUAUUUACAGAUUAUAGUCCUAUCUGGUAAGACAGGUGAAAAUGGUUACAACUUUGACAGUUACUAUUAACCCUAUAAAUAUUUUAUUAAAACUAUUAAUUUUUAAGGUUGAUAUAUUUUGAUACAGUUUACAUCCAUGAUGCCGGUUUCUGAGUGCUUGAAAUAGCAUGUUGAAAGUGACAAAUUCAUAACCACUAUGCUGUCAUGGUAAUAUAAAUUGGUGCUUGGCAGCACUAUUGGCAGCAACAGUGUUGAUCAGGACUUAAAAAGUGUUAUUUGGCCCCAACCAGUGCCAAACACUGGGCAGUUAAAAGCUAAUUAAUUUAUGAAUAUCAAAAUGUGGCCUUUAUUGAAAUAUAAUUGUUUCAUGUAGGCAGUUUUGUUGCCAACUUUCUUGCAUAUGAUAGAAGUGCCAUUCUGACAGGUUUAAAAAAAAACGGUAUUAUAAUUUCACAAUCGGGAAGGUAUCGGGUGUUACCAUGUCACACCCAAUCUUGAUACAAAUGUAAAGAAUGGUACUGGCAUUGAAAGAAUGAAUAGUACGGUCUUGCCUCUUAUUGGCUGUCAUUUGUUUCUUAGCAAAUUUGAAUUAAAUUACUUGUAAACCCCACCAUGUUUAUCUGGUCAUGAUGAAGCCAAUUUGUUACAAAUUUUUCAAAAUCAACAUUGGGUCCCAGAUGGUAAUUACUGCACAUUAUGCAAAAUAGUCUUAUAGAAUGUGUAAGGUUGGAGAUUUUACAACUAAAUAUUAAAUACGGUGCAUUUUCUAGCAAAAAUAGUCUUAGUUAGAGGCGGCAUCAGUGGUGUGUUUGGGUGCAAAUUUUGUUGACCAACUCUUGAUUUGUGCUCUAAUAAUUGGUGCUGAAUUAAAAUUAAUCAAUUUCCAUUUUGAUCAUUUUAUCACCAAAUAACCAGAUUUUUUAUGAUUGUGAUUAACCAUUCAUUACUCAGGUCAUAUUUAUGUAGCGAUAGUGUUGAGUAUUGCAAUCCAAUCGUGGUCACUGGGCCAAAACGAACAAAAUUUGUUUUAAACCAAAUCAUUUGCACCAUUUAUAAUUGCACAGUGGUUGUCACCAAAGACAUAAUGGGAGAACAAAUAACAUGAGUUGAAACCUUUUGAACCAAAUCGUACUUAUUUGUUAAAGAUAAUGUUCUGUAGUUUCAAGUAGCUUUUGGGGAUAGGCAGGAAUACUUGUUGCGAGUUGCAAUAAUCUUGGUUCAAAGAAAUAUAUAAAUAUAUAUAUUUGUAUAUAUAUAUAUAUAUAUAUAUCUCUGUGUGUGUUUAUGUACAUGUGUACAUAAAGCUUAAUGGUAAUUAAAUCCAAAUGCAACAUGAAUAUGUUAAUAAAGAUUGUACAGAAACAUUUUCAAAGAUUUUUAUUCUUGUAUUUAAAAAAGAGAAAAAGGUAUGUAAAAAGUUGAAUAUUGGUUUGUUACUGGUACUUUUUGUGAAAAGGUAAAUUAUAAUUACCUGUAACUUCACAAGAUAUGGCUGGUUCGUGUCUUGAAUAAAACUAAACUGAACAGAUAAUUUUUGAUGCAGUAAGCAACAAUAUGGUUAAUAUGGUGAAUAGAUUAUUGUUAUAGGCCUACCUUGAUAUGCCAGUUUUAUACUACUGUUUACCUUUUAUUGUGCUUUGAAAGAAAAUUAAUUAAAUAUUGAUGCGUUAAAAUAUAAAAAUUUCUGUUAAUUUAAGUGUCAAAAAAAUAGAUAUUUAAUGCAGAUAAGUGUACCAGUUAUGUCUCGAAACCAAUAUGCUUCAACUUCAUGGUUGGAAAAUAAAAAGUAUAUAAAACUUAAA